AUGGCGAACUCGGGCUGCGGAGACUGCGGAGACCUUGAGAAAGACAGUUUUCUAUACUUCGCCUAUGGCAGCAACCUGCUGACAAAGAGGAUCCACCUCCAAAACCCCUCGGCCCAGUUCUGCUGUGUGGCCUGCCUGCAGGAUUUUAAGCUUGACUUUGGCAAUCCCCAAGGCAAACAAAGUCCUACUUGGCAUGGAGGCAUAGCUACCAUUUUGCAAAGUCCUGGAGAUGAAGUGUGGGGAGUAAUAUGGAAAAUGAACAAAACCAAUUUAAAUUCUCUGGAUGAGCAAGAAGGGGUUAGCAGUGGAAUAUAUGUUCCAAUAGAAGUUAAUGUUUUUGUGCAAGAAAAGAAAGAAAUAACCUGUCGAAGUUAUCAGAUGAAAGACUAUGUGAGUGUUCCCCCAUCACCACAGUAUAAAACGGUCAUUUGCAUGGGUGCAGAAGAGAAUGGUUUGCCCCUGGAAUAUCAAAAGAAGUUAAAAGCAAUAGAACCAAAUGACUUCAAAGGAAAGCUCUCAAAAGAAAUAGAAGAUAUGAUCCAGAAAGGAGAAACAGAAACUAAUCAUUAGAACAUAAUAGACUAUAUCCAAGGAUAU